UCCUUUGUCCUGAGUUUAUUUUUUCUCGGUUUGUUGUUUAUUAUUUGCAGGGAUUUUUUUAAUUCUUCCUAAUUAAUUGAUUGAUUGUUUGCAUUUUUUAUGUGAUAUUAUUGCAUGAACAUGAUGCCCAAUCAACAGGGUCCACAACAAGGCCCACAACCAACCCAAGCUCAACUGAAAGCUGCUGUUCAACAGCAACAACAAAUCCAACAACAACAACUUCAACAAAAUCAUUUAGUUCAACAACAACAACAACAACUUCAACAACAAUUACAGCAACAAUUACAACAACAACAGCAACUACAGCUUCCUCAGCAACAACAACAGUCAUCUCAACAAGCACAGGCUUCUCCUCAUCCCUCAUCAGCUAUUUAUUUACCUCAACAAAUUAUGCUUCAACCCAAUGCUCAGGCUUUUGCUGCGAUGCCCAAUGGUGGGAAUCUAAUUCAAAUGACACCCAUUAAAAAGGGUCCAAUGCUUUUACCUAAUGAUGCUAAAGGACCAAGAAGUAAAAUGCAGUUAAUUUCAUCGGCAGCCCCUCAACUUCAAUCAAUCAACAAUUUUGUGACUGGUCAAUCACCACAGACAAUUGGUAAUCAAUAUUAUACCCUCUCAUAUCCAAGUCCGGCUGGACAAGUUCAACACGUCAAUUCUGCUCUUCUAUCUCCAAGUAAUCAAUAUUUACUACAAAGACCUGAUCUUCAAUUCAUUGCUGUACCAAACAAUUUUCAGAACCAACAAAUUGUCUUCAAUCCAAACAAUGUUCCAAUCUCAGUGGGCAACAAUGCUACUCCUGUCAUUUCAUUAGCUCAAGCUCAAAAUCACGCUCGCACUGUUACCAAAACAACACCUUCCGGUUCAAACACUGCAACAAUAUCAACAACAACACCAAUUACAACACAGAGAUUGAAGACAAUUAAACCAGCAACAGAAAACAAUCGAACCUCAAUAGGAACCCAAACAGCUCCAGGACAAUCAAUUGUACAAGGAUCAUCAACACCAAUCACUAUACCAAUCCACCUACCAAAUCAACAAAUUCAUCAACAGCAACAAUUUCAAAUUCAACUUCAACCACAAGCACAAGCACAACCUCAAUCUCACCAACAAACAAAAUGUUCAAAAAACAAUUUUGAUACAAUGACAACAGUUACUCUUGUCUCACAGCGUAACAAUACCAUCACUGGUAAUACCAACAACAACAACAUCAACAUCAACAACAACAACAACAACAACAACAACAACACUCCAAUCAACAAUGUCACUCCCAAUAAUAUGAUCAACAAAUCAACAACUAAAAGUAAUAAAUUAACCACUACAAAUGCUCCAUUAAAAGAGAAAGUAAUUCAAUCUCCUAAAAAGAAAGCGACUACAACAGGUACUGAUACUGGUGAUUUAGUUGAUCAUUGUUCAGAGAGCAACAAUUUAACCAAUGGAGUUAAUAAAUCAACUGGUUCCAAAAGUCCUCAAAGAGCAAUCGUUAAACCUUAUAUUAAUGAUCCAAAUGUUUUAACUCAUGUAAUUGAUGGAUUUGUUAUCCAGGAAAGUCAAUCUCCAUUUGUAGUUAAUGCUGAUGGAAUUGAAAACAAUUCAGAUGAAACAAUUUGCGAUACACUUGAUGAGAGAGAAAACAAAGAAGAUUCAAUUAUCUUGGACUCAUCAGAGAAUAAUAAUCUCUCAAUGGAAACACAAAUGACCAAAAUAAAAGCGACUAAAGGUGAUGCUGUUUGCGAAAAUUGUCACAAAUCAAUCACUAAAUUCAACAAGAAAAAGAAAUUGAAACGUUUCUGUUCAAAUCUUUGUGCCAAAAAAUCAAAUAACAAUAAUAAUAACAAUCUCACCGAUAAUGAUAAUAAUAAAAAUGGUAAUGAAGAUUAUGAGAUGACAAAUUCACGCCAAGGUGAAGUUAUUGAAUCAACCAAACAAUCAAGUCAACCGGCAUCUAAGAAGCUUAAAACCGAUGUGUCACCAAAUUGUAAAGUCACCGAAACAACUGAACCACUUGAUUCAAGUAUCGAUGGUGGUUAUAUCCCCCCAGGCGGUACCAAUCCUAAUCUAUGGAGUGUCCAAGAUGUUUAUGAUUUCGUCCGUCAUUUACCUGGAUGCCAAGAAUAUGCAGACGAAUUUAAAUCACAGGAGAUCGAUGGUCAAGCGCUAAUGUUAUUGAAAGAAGACCAUCUAAUGUCCGCAAUGAGCAUGAAACUUGGACCCGCUUUGAAAAUCUGCUCGAGAAUAACAUCGCUGUUCAAAGCGGAGGCCAAUAAAUCUCAAGCUUGAAUCUUUUUUCCCUCUUCUUUUUUAUACUUUUAUUUUAGUGAAUUUCUUACUUAUCUGAUUGAGAUGAAAUUUAAUCAAUUUUUUCUCUUCUCACAAAAUUAUUGGACAUUUUUUGCAUUCGUUUGUUAAUCUACUCCAAAACUUAAUUUAUUCACACUCAUCAAUUCCGGUGCAUAACAAUUUCUCUAUACAUAUAAUCAUUCAUUCACAAUUCUUUUUUUUCACUACGAUCUCUCUUUCUCAGAAUGUGUUCUCUCUCUCUCUCUCAAAGUUAAUAUAAAAUAAUAAUCGACAGAAUCAAUUGAUGUUUCUUUUUAAUCCAGACGAUUUUUUUUUCUUCCCAUGUAAACACAAUCAAUUUCAUGACAUUACAAUUCAAUCUCAUAUUAAUCUCGUCUUUUGGUCUGAAUCAUUUCAUUUUCAUUAAAACGUAAACCAAUUGCUCAA